AUGCCCGCUGACUCAUCUUACCCAUUUGUUGAUCUCAGUGGUUGGAAGCAAGUGGAUUCAGCGGCGAUUUGCCCCCGAGGCCGCAUAUCGAUAAGGCUUGUCGACACCUGGAAGGAGUAUUACGAUAUUACUUUAUGGACAAGACUACUGGCCCACGGAGCGCAAAAGGGCGAAGCGCUUGUGAUCUAUGUCGACACCGAAAGAUCCGCUGUGAUAAAAACCAACCAGCCUGCGAGAAUUGUCAUAUUGCAGGACUACCAUGUACUUUCUCCCAACCUGCAUCCCAACAUCGGAAAAGUACCCGACAGUAAGACUGCUAUAUCAUUGGGCCCCUCUUCAAUCGCUUACGGGGUACACAGAGAGCUUGCCGACACCAAAGCUCGGGUUCGGGAAUUAGAGGCGACCCUGCUCGGAUUUAAAGAAUCCACAAAAGAAAGCCACACAAGGCUAGCAAUCCCUUCUCCGAGCAGAAGCUCUUCUCCAGCGUCGCCCAGGCCCCUCUCUCAACCAUUUUUAUCUUAUUUGCCCGAUACUCGGGAUUUUGAUACCGCGUUGGCAGCUUUCCAAUGGCAUAUCUCAUAUUGUGGGCUCGGGAGUGCUCUCUCGACCCAAAGGGCAGCUUUUUACUCUCUCGUUCAAGAGCAAACAGGCUGUACAUUCAAUAUGGAUGAAUUUGCUCAUGAGGUCUCCCAAUCUUUCAGCUCCCAACAGCUCAAGUCGGCAAAGAAAGUGAUUGGGAUCAAAUGGCCAGAAUCUGCUCUAGUCCAACGGUGUUUGGAACAUUUUGAUAGAAAUGGUCUCUAUUCUAUAUUUCCAAUUGUCGAUGCUGAGGCCGUGCAGAUUCUACUCAAUGCAAAUGUUUUAGAUCAGCCCCCAAACCUGACUCGUGCCGCGAAUCGGGCUUGUCUGGUUGCUUUUGCGGCAAUGAUCACCCAUAUCCACCGCCAUGAGCCAGCUUUCGCCGGCGCUGAUCCUGAUGCUUACUUGCAAGCAGCGCUAACACUGCUUCCUGAAAUGUUAUUAGAGCCCCCUGAUAUAAGAACUUUGGAAGCGGUGACAAUAUUAAUGCUCUAUAUCGCCCCUCUUGGUAGACCCCAGGCAGCCGAACUACUUCUUGGCAUCGCAGUGCAGCUCAUCUAUAACCUCGGGGCAAACAGAAUACAAAACCCCAAUGAGAUACAUAGGACAGAUCAGCGUAGCCAACAUCUCCGAGCUUUGUUCUGGCAUUGUUAUGCCGUCGACAAAGAAUUCUCCACCCGAAAAUCCCAGCCACCCUUGAUAAACGACGCCGAUUGUGAUCUAGAUCUACCUACGACGUACGCCAAGGAAACCUCAGAGCGUCACUUUUACAUGAAGCCCUUGUCGUCCAAGGAGCUUCUUUUCCCCUCGGACCUCCGCUUUUCUGUGCUCAAGUCCAAGAUCUUCCGGUUACUUUAUUCGGUGGACAGUCAGGCACUGCCCGAAGCUAGACGCCUUCAGCAUAUCCGUGAACUAGACCAAGAACUAAGCGAUUUGAAGCUGGGGUAUCCCGCCGACUGCCGGCCGGAGGUGUUCGCCACCGAGGGCGCACCGGACUAUCUGUUCCAUGAUCUCAGUAUGCGCGGUGUGAAUAUUCAUUUAGAAUAUUACUACUGCCUUGGAAAGAUACACGGAGCGAGCAAUUCUUGCAAGAUAGUCUCUCCGCAGAACUGGUCGCCUCUCCCAUCUAGCGCAGAGCUGUGCUUUGAAGCCGCAAGGUGUUCGCUGAUCUACAUUUGGCGAGUCCGCCAAUUCGUCAACCAACAUACCUUCUGGCUUCAUGCGCAGUUUCUCCUCACGGCCGUUUUUUCGGUCUUCUGGUAUCUCAUCACGGUUCCAACUUCAUCUACUUUCACAAGAGAUCUCAAGACUUUGGAGGAUAUCGCUAAGCUCUUGGCUCAGCUCGGCAAAGCGACGGAGGAUGGGCAGACUUACCCGCCAUUCUAUCUGGCCCAGGCUUUUGUUGAGAGGUGCUUUGAACCACGACUUACCUUGACCUUGACCCCAACGCCGGGGAACUAUAACAUCCAGCGAUCUGCUUUAUUAUGCACUGGUUCGUUCUUUUCUUCAACAGCCCAGCCGGGCUAG